UGGCGGGAUUUGUCCCGUUCUUUGUCUCUCGCUGCAGCUGGAGCUCCAGGUCUCGUCUUCGCUGCUCUGUGUUCUCCGCUCCUAGAGGCCCAGCCUCUGUGGUCCUGUGACCUGCAGGUAUUGGGAAUCCACAGCUAAGACGCCGGGACCCCCUGGAAGCCUAGAAAUGGGGCCAUUGACAUUUAGGGAUGUGGUCAUAGAAUUCUCUCAGGAGGAGUGGCAAUGCCUGGACACUGCUCAGCAAGAUUUGUAUAGGAAAGUGAUGUUAGAGAACUUCAGAAACCUGGUGUUCUUGGCAGGUAUUGAUGUCUCUAAGCCAGAUCUGAUCACCUGUCUGGAGCAAGGAAAAGAUCCCUGGAAUAUGAAGAGACACAGUAUGGUAGCCACACCCCCAGUUAAAUAUUCUCAUUUUGCCGAGGACCUUUGGCCACAGCCAGGCAUAAAAGAUUCUUUCCAAAAAGUGAUACUGAGAGAAUAUGGAAAAUAUGUACAUAAAGAUUUACAGCUAAGAAAAGGCUGUAAAAGUGUGAAUGAGUGUAAUGUACAAAAAGAAGGUUAUAAUGAACUAAACCAGUGUUUGACAACUACCCAGAGCAAAAUAUUUCAAUGUGAUAAAUAUGUGAAAGUCUUUCAUAAAUUUUUAAAUUCAAAUACACAUAAGACAAGACAUACUGGAAAGAAACCUUUCAAAUGUAAAAAAUGUGGUGAAUCAUUUUGCAUGCUUUUACACCUAAGUCAACAUAAAAGAAUUCAUAUUAGAGAGAAUUCUUACCAAUGUGAAGAAUGUGGCAAAGCCUUUAAAUGGUUCUCAACCCUUACUAGACACAGGAGAGUUCAUACUGGAGACAAAUCCUACAAACAUGAAGAACGUGGAAAAGGUUUUAACCAGUCCUCAACUCUUACUAGACAUAAGGUAAUUCAUGCUGGAGAGAAACACUACAAAAGUGAAAAGUGUGGCAAAGAUUUUAAACAGUCCUCAGACCUUACUAAACAUAAGAUAAUUCAUGCUGGAGAGAAACCCUACAAAUGUGAGGGAUGUGGCAAAGCUUUCUGCCAGUUCUCAUACCUUACUAAACAUAAGAUGAUUCAUACUGGAGAGAAACCCUAUAAAUGUGAGGAAUGUGGCAAAGCUUUUAACUGGUACUCACACCUUACCAGACAUAAGAUAAUUCAUACUGGAGAGAAACCCUACAAAUGUGAAGAAUGUGGCAAAGCCUUUAAUGUAUUCGCAACCCUUACUAGACAUAAGAUAAUUCAUACUGAAGAGAAACCCUACAAAUGUGAGGAAUGUGGCAAAGCUUUUAAACAGUCCUCAAACCUUACUACUCAUAUGAAAAUUCAUUCUGGAGAGAAACCCUACAAAUGUGAAGAAUGUGGCAAAGCUUUCUUCCGAUUCUCAUACCUUACUACACAUAAGAUAAUUCAUACUGGAGAGAAACCCUACAAAUGUGAGGAAUGUGGCAAAGCUUUUAACUGUUACUCCUACCUUACUGCACAUAAGAUGAUUCAUACUGGAGAGAAACCCUACAAAUGUGAAGAAUGUGGCAAAGCUUUCUACCGAUUCAUUUACCUUACUACACAUAAGAGAAUUCACACUGGAGAGAAACCCUACAAAUGUGAAAAGUGUGGCAAAGCUUUCUACCGAUUAUCUUAUCUUACUACACAUAAGAUGAUUCAUACUGUAGAGAAACGCUACAAAUGUGAGGACUGUGGCAAAGCUUUUAACUGGUACUCACGCCUUACUACACAUAAGAGAAUUCAUACUGGUGAGAAACCUUACAAAUGUGAAGAAUGUGGCAAAGCCUUUAGUGUAUUCUCAACCCUUACUAAACAUAAGAUAAUUCAUACUGGAGAGAAACCCUACAAGUGUGAAGAAUGUGGCAAAGCCUUUAAUGUAUUCUCAACCCUUACUAAACAUAAGAGAAUUCAUAAUGGAGAGAAACCCUACAAAUGUUUAGAAUGUGGCAAAGAUUUCUACCAAUUCUCAUACCUUACUACACAUAAGAUGAUUCAUACUGGAGAGAGACCCUACAAACAUGAAGAAAGUGGCAAAGUUUUUAACUGUUCCUCACAAAUUACUAGACAUAAGAUAAUUCAUACUGGAGAGAAACCCUACAAAUGUGAAGAAUGUGGCAAAGCUUUUAAAAAAUCCUCAAACCUUACUAAUCAUAAGAUAAUUCAUACUGGAGAGAAACCCUACAAAUGUGAAGAAUGUGGAAAAGCUUUUAACCAGUCCUCAACUCUUACUAGACAUAAGAGAGUUCAUACUGGAAGGAAGCCCUACAAAUGUGAAGCAUGUGGCAAAACUUAUAACUGGUCCUCAAACCUUACUAAACAUAAGAAAAUUCAUACUGGAGAGACACCCUACAAAUGUGAAGAAUGUGGCAAAGCUUUUAACCAAUCUUCAACCCUUACUAUACAUAAGAUAAUUCAUAUUGGAGAAUAACACUACAAAUGUGAAAAAUGUGGCAAACCUUAUAACCAGUACUCAUACUUUACUACACAUAGGAGAAUUCAUAUGGAAGAGAAAUUCUAAAAUGUGAAGAAUGUGGCAAAGGCUUUGACUGGUCCUCUACCCUUCCUAAAGAUAAAAGAGUUUGACUGGGUGUGGUGGUUCAUGCCUGUAAUCCCAGCACUUUGGGAGGCUGAGGCAGGCAGAUCACCUGGUCAAGAGUUCAAGACCAGCCUGGCCAAUAUGGUGAAACCCCAUCUCUACUAAAAAUAUAAAAAAUUAUCCAGGUGUAGUGGUGCACACCUGUAAUCCCAGCUACUCUGGAGGCCUAGGUGGAAGAAUCACUUGAACUCAGGAGGUGGAGGUUGCAGUGAGCUGAGAUUGCUCCACUGCACUCCAGCCUGGAUGACAGAGAGAGACUCUAUCACAGAAAAAAAAAAAAAAAAGAUAAGAGAGUUCAUGCUAGAGAGAAACCCUGCAAAUGUGAAGAAUGUGAGAAAGCUCUAACCAGUCCUCACACCUUACUACACAUAAGAGAAAUCACACUGGAAGGAAACCCUACAAAUGUGAAGAAUGCAAGAAAGCUUUUAACUGGUACUCAUGCCUUACUACACAUAAGAUAAUUCAUACUGGAAAGAAACUCUACAAAUGUCAAGAAUGUGGUAAAGCUUUUAACCAGUACUCAACUCUUACUACACAUAAGAUAAUUCAUACUGGAAAGAAACUCUACAAAUGUCAAGAAUGUGGUAAAGCUUUUAACCAGUACUCAACUCUUACUACACAUAAGGUAAUUCAUGCUGGAGAGAUACCCUACAAAUGUGAAGAAUGUGGCAAAGGUUUUUAUUGAUUCUCAUAGUUUACUAAACAUAAGAUAAUUCAUUCUGGACAGAAAUUCUACAAAUGUGAAGAAUGUGGCAAAGCCUUUAAUUGGUCCUCAACACUUACUAAACAGAAUUCAUAGCAGAGAGAAAUCCUACAAAUGUGAAGAAUGUCACAAACUUUUAACCACUUCUCAACCCUGAUGACACAUAAGGUAAUUCGUGCUGGACAGAAACCCUACAAAUAUGAAGAAUAUCUCAAAACUUUUUAUAGAUUCUCAUACCUUAUUAAACAUAAAAUCCUACAGGAGAGAAAUUAUACAAAUGUGAAGAACGUGGCAAAGCUUUUAAGAAAUCCUCAUCCAUUACUAAACAAGAUAAUUUGUACUGGAGAGAAAACCUACAAAUGUGAGGAAUGUGGCAAAGCCUUUAAUGGUCCCCUCAACUUUCUGCACAUAAGAUAAUUUAUACUGUAGAGAACCCUUACAAAUGUGAAAAAUGUAGCAAACCUUUUAACUAAUCCUCAACCGUUACUACACAUAAGAUAAUUAAUGCUGGAGGGAAAUCCCACCCAUGUGGCAAAGCUUUUAACCAGUCCUCAAACCUACUAGACAUAAGAUAACUCAUACUGGAGAAAAAUCUUAGAAAUGUGAAGGAUGUGGUAAAGCCAUUAUGCAGUCCUCAACUCCCACUAAACAUAACAUAAUUCAUACUGGAGAGAAACCUCACAACUGUGAAGAAUGUGGCAAAGCUUUUAACCAGUCCUACAAACCUUUUUGAACAAAAUAAUUUAUACAGGAGAGAAACCCUACAAAUGUGAGGAAUGUGACAAAGCCUUUAACCAGUCCUCAAUUCUUACCAAACAUAAGAAAAUUCAUACUGGAGAUUAACCUUAUGAGUGUGAAAAAUAUGGCAAAAACUUUAACUAGUUCUCAGUUAUUAUUAGUAUUUUUAGAGAUGAAGUUUCACUCUUGUUUCCAAGGCUGCAAUACAGUGGCAUGAUUUCAGCUCACUGCAACCUCCGUCUCCCAGGUUUAAGCAAUUCUCCUGUCUCAGCCUCCCAAGUAGCUGGGAUUACAGGCAUACACCACCAUACCUGUCUAAUUUUGUAUAUUUACUAGAGAUGGGUUUCUCCAUGUUGAUCAGGCUGGUCUUGAACUCCUGACCUUGUAAUCUGCCUGCCUCAGCCUCCCACAGUGCUGGGAUUACAGGCAUGAGCCACCACACCCAGCCACUAGUCCUCAGAUCUUAACACACAUAAGAUCAUUCAUACUGGAGAGAAACUCCACAAACCAGAAAGAUGUGAUAAUGCUUUUGACAACACCUCAAAUUUUCUAACCAUAAAAGCAAUCAUAUUGGUGAGAAAUCCUAGAAAUGUGAAGAAUGUGACAAAGUCUUUAAAUGGUUGUCAUACUUGACUUUUUUCUUCUGUUUUUGAAGAAAAAAAAGAUGAAGUCUCACUCUUGUCCCCCAGGCUGGUGUGCAAUGGCAUGAUGUCGGCUCACUGCAACCUCCGCCUCCCAGGUUCAAGUGAUUCUCCUACUUCAGCCUCCCAAGUAGCUGGGAUUACAGGCACCUGCCACCACACCUGGCUAAUUUUUGUACUUUUAGUAGAGAUGGGGUAUGACCAUCUUGGCCAGGCUGGUCUCGAACUCCUGACCUUAGGUGAUCCACCCACCUCGGGCCUCCCAAAGUGCUGGGAUUACAGGCAUGAGCCACCACUCCCUGCCUUACUUGAUUACAUGUAAUGUAACUCAUACUGGAAAAAAUUCCUACAAGUGAGAACAAUGUGGCAAAACUUUUAACCACCUUAUUGCACAGAAAAGCAUUUAUAUUUGAGAAAAAUUAUACAAAUACAGACUGUGAAAAAGACAUUAAUAUCUGCUUACAUCUUAACACCAGAGAGUUCAUACUUAAUAAAAACAAGAUAAAGACAAUUACUGUCAAAAGGUCUUUCAGAAAAAUAUAAGCCUUUAAAGUGAAGAAGAGAAUUUAUAUUGAAGAUGGACAUUACAAACAUAGAGGGUUGUAGUACCUUUACUUGAAUCAGAUUUUAUUGUACACAUUUUGUACUAGAGGAAAACUCUGAAGCAGUUGCUCAAGCUUUGUUCAACAUCAGGGCACUUAUAUUGGAAAAGUGUCUUGCAAAUGUAAUAAAUGUGGAAAAACACUUUUUCAAAAACUACAUCUUAGAAAACACCACAGUUUAUACUGAAGAAUAUUUUUGAAGAUGCAGUAAAAAUGAAAAAAUAUUUAAUCCAAAUUAGGGCUAUGUAAAUAUCAGAAUUUAUAAUAGAAAUAUAUAAGGAACUGACACUUCAGAUAUACUAAGUCAAGAGUUCUGAGUAUAGAAAAUAAUCUAAAACUAAAGUUGAUAGAAAAAGUAUUUGUAUAUAACUUUAAGAGGAGUAAAAGAUUUUUUGCAGUGUAAUAACUACAUUCAAAGUAUACUUUAUUUCUGGAAAAAAUUACAGACUUUGAAAGCAAAUGAUGUAAUUCAACACUCAUUUUCCGGUGUUUCUGCAUUCUUAUUCACUUGUGAAAGCAUGUGAUCAAUUGUUGCUGCAUCAAAGAUAUGAGGGAUUCUUUUCCAUUAGAUGGGCAUUAUUUUUUAUCUUUUCUAUGGACAAGUAAGGACAUUAGAAUAUAAGAUGCAUGAUGAAAAAGUGGAGAGGUUCUUUGUGGUUAACUUAUACUCUUGAGUGGUGUAUGAGGUAGGUGUUAAGAGUAUUAUUCUUUUGCAUUAUGAGAAAACUAGUAGUGUAUUAUUAGUAUAUUAUUGUACUAAUUGUACUUUUAUAUAAUAAAAUGCAGCACAUUUUUAAAAUUUUACAUUAUGUGUGAAGUUGAUGUGUUUCAACAUUUUUAACAUGUUAAAAAUGUUAAAGCCAGUGGCUUUAAAGUAUAGAUAAAGUAUCCAAAGUUCCUGUUGGAUAAAUAUUUAUUCUUAUUUUAAUCAAUUAAAUGUAUUUUUCUUAAUUUUUGUGGGUAUAUGAGUAUAUAUACUUAUGCUAUAUAUGGCAUAUUUUGAUACACAAAUACAAUACAUAAUCAUGUGAUAAAUGUGGUAUCCAUCACCUCUAGCAUUUAUCCUUUGUAUUACUGACAAUCGAAUUCUACACUUUUACUUAUUUUAAAAUGUACAAUUAUGGCCAGGCACAGUGGCUCACACCUGUAAUCACAGCACUUUGGGAAGCUGAGGUGGGUGGAUCACCAGGUCAGGAGUUCAAGACCAGCCUGGCCAACAUGGUAAAACCCUGUCUCUACCAAAAAUACAAAAAUUAGCUGGGCAUGGUGGCAGGGACCUGUAAUCCCAGCUACUUGGGAGGCUGAGGCAGGAGGAUCACUUGAACUCAGGAGGUGGAGAUUGCAGUGAGCUGAGAUCGUGCCACUGCACUCCAGCCUGGGUGAGAGAGCAAGACUUCAUCAAAAAAAAGAGAGAGAGAGAGAGGAAGGAAGGAAAGAAAUAAAGAAUUGGUCUCUAUUCUCAUGAAACUUUCAGUAUAACUUCAUAAAAUCCUUAUGCAUUCCUGAGAAGUGGAUACAUCUGAAGUUUCCUAAAGCCCUACUAACCCAAAGUAACCAGUAUCUGAAUUUUGUAUUAUCAUUUACUUUAUGCAAUUUUAUCUAUAAACAAUAUACGUUUCAGUGUUGCCUGUUUUUUGGCUCUAGAUAAAUUCUACAAUUUUUCAUCUGUGACUUGCUUUUUUAUUUACAAUUGUUUCCUUCUAUUUUUCCAUGUUGCUUUGCAUAGCUACGGUUGUCCAUUUUCACUGCUGCAUAGGGUGAAUAUAUAUCAAUUUUUAAACCAAUUCUAUAGCCAGUGGUUAUUUGUGAAUUCCAAUUACUCUAUAUUUUACCAACUCUUGGAAUUACUAGACAUAUUGAGGGGUGAAGCCAGCUGGAAUUCCUGGGUCAAAUGGGGACUUGGAGAACUUUUCUGUAUAGCUAAAGGAUUGUAAAUGCACCAAUCAGCACUCUGUAAAAACGCACCAAUCAGCACUCUGUGACUAGCUAAAGGAUUGCAAACACACCAAUCAGCACUCUGUAAAAAGGCACCCAUCAGCACUCUGUGUCUAGCUAAAGGAUUGUAAAUGCACCAAUCAGCACUCUGUAAAAACCCACCAAUCAGCACUCUGUGUCUAGCUAAAGGAUUGUAAAUGCACCAAUCAGCACGCUGUAAAAACCCACCAAUCAGCACUCUGUGUCUAGCUAAAGGAUUAUAAAUGAACCAAUCAGCACUCUGUAAAAUGGACCAAUCAGUGCUCUGUAAAAUGGCCCAAUCAGCAGGACGUGGGCAGGGCCAAAUAAGGGAAUAAAAGCUGGCCACCCAGAGCCAGCAGCAGCAACCUGCUUGGGUCCCCUUCCAUGCUGUGGAAGCUUUGUUCUUUCACUCCUCACUGUAAAUCUUGCUGAUGCUCACUCUUUGGGUCUGCACCACCUUAAAGAGCUGUGACACUCACCACAAAGGUCCACAGCUUCAUUCUUGAAGUCACCUAGACCACAAACCCACCAGAAGGAAGAAACUCUGGACACAUUGGAAGGAACAAACUCCAGACACACCAUCUUUAACAGCUGUAACACUCACCAUGAAGGUCUGCAGCUUCAUUCUUGAAGUCAGCAAGACCAAGAAUCCACCAGAUGGAAUAAAUUCUGGACACAAUAUUUUUUGGCAAAGUGGAGAAUCAGACUGGGAUAUCAUUUAUGCUUUUAAUUAGCAUUUCUGUAGUUACUAAUGAAGUUAGCAUUUUUCAGAAGUUAAUUGGUCAGUUGUGUUUUAAGAUGUGCCAUCUAUUUUUAAUGUAUUUCAUUUCUUUGUGUAUUCAUAUUCUGUAAGGUAUAUUGUCUAAAUACUAAUUUUUUGUAAUAUGUGUUUUUGUAGAUUUUUGUCCUAGUUAUGAUUUGCCUUUCCACCAUCUUUAUUUAAACAUGUUUUUGUAAGUUCUUAAUCAAAAGUUCUUAAAAUUUGGUCUAAUUUAUAAUAUAUUGUGCCAUGUUUAAGAAACUGUUUUACCUCACUGUUAUAACAACAAUAAUAUCCUGUAUUUUCUCCUAAAAUUUUAAAUUCUCAUUCUAUGUGAAAAAUUGUUGCAUCAGUUGCUGUGCAGGAAUCCAAUCUACCCAGGUAGAACCAAUUGUUUAGGUAUUAGCUUAUUGACUUGUUCUACUUUGCCGGUAUUAUUGUAAUACUGAGCUCUCAUUUUAAUCUAUUGGCUGCGACCAUAGAUGCAAUAUUUAAUAAAAAUGUUGAUAGCAGCAUCCUUAUAAUGUUUAUGACAUCAAAAGACAAGUUUUCAAUGGUUUAUCAUGUACAUUUGCUAUAGUAUAUUUUAGAUACCUUCCAUAUUUAGAAAAUAAAAUUUCCUUUUAUUUUUAGUUUGCUAAAAGGUUUUUACCAAGCUCUUUUUCUGUGCCUAUUGUAUAUACACAUAUAGAUUUUACAAAGUUUAACUUAUCUUGUACUCUCGAGAUAAACUUAUUCAUGGUUUUACUUUUUUUUU